CAAGCGGAACGCUUGCCACGUUGCAGUACAAUAAAUCAUCUAUUAAAUAACCUUCACCGAGAUUCGCGAUCACGUGCUACACAUUUCAUUCAACUGUGUUCCUGUAAGGUACGGUUCCUACAUUGAAGGCAUUAACGUUUGGCCUUUGCACCUAUUGGAAUGACGUUUGCAGACACAGUGUUGGAAGUUUUCUGUCAUGGGAGUGGCCAACAGUUCGAAUUCUUCUAAUGUACAGGACAACAGUUCCAAACCUUCUGCAGGCCAGACCACCGAACCGCCUUUUAACGGAAAGGUAAUCAAGUGCGGAAUCAUUGUUCGACACAGCGACGUGAGCAAAUUCAUAUCUGAAAACGAUGAGUCUUUGUCAGAUGAAGACAGGCGAGUGUUACAAGGAUGCUUCGACCUCUUUGAAUCAAAGCCAGAAUUUGUAUGGCGGCAUUGCGCAAUCGAAGUGAUGUGUCCAUCCCUAAAUGUCAAGUUUAUGGCUGGGAAUGAGACUAACAGAUACAUUGUACGCAUCAAGAACGGAGAGGUGGUGACCCCCAAUAUGAGUAAAAGCCAUCGUGCCCGAGCCCAUGACGGUUUUCUGUGGAUCUGGACCCAUGCAAGGGAUUCCUUCUCACGUGUCCGUAAUCUGGCCAUUGAAUAUGUGUCCAAGAAUACAAAUGAAGAGGAAACUUGAUAUCAUAAUGACUUUUUAACAUUGGUAUUCGUUUCAGUACCAAAACUACGCAAUUUCGUGCUCACACAACUCUACUGUGGAUAACUUGUAACGUGUAUUCUUUGUUUUGUAUG